CACAAGUGACAAGAGUACUACAAAUCGAAUUAUGUGGUAUGAUUUGAAUGUAUUUAAAUAAUCGUGAAAUCUGCAUACGUAACUAACACCUACUUCUGUGUAACUUUAUUCUGAAGUGAAAUGUUUCCACUAAAUAUUCGGUUCACUGCAUCAAUCAUUUGCUUAGGGGUCAUCAUCCUAUUCAUGAUAUUAUUCUUCAUAUUCAGGAAUAAAUUCUCAGUGGCGUCGUUCAUUAUGGCACUCAUUAUUUUAUUGUGCACCACGAAUAUCUAUCUGGCGUGUUGCUCACGAUUGGAUUUAUGGUGUUACCUUUUAAUUGGCUUCUGUGCUUUAGAAGAUUUGCUAACAAUCGUCUUAUGCUCCUUGACAAAAAGGUUCAAAAGACAGGUGAUUAUUUCAAUGUUAGUUUUAGCUGUGGUCUUCUGUAUAACUGGGACAGUAUUUUACUACUUGUACAAAUAUCAUGUGCAUCCUGCAUGGGCGGGUGGCUUCUGGAAUACUGCUUCAUGCUUAGCGGCUCUGGCUGUCAGGGAUCUUCUUAAAUGA